AUGUACUUAGAUUUUUCUAAACACACACCAUUAUUCACUAUGCUUGCUAAAUCCCUUCUUCAGAUAAUUGCACUGUACUUUUCGGCUAUGUGGUGUCCGUCUUGUCGCCAGUUCACUCCCAAACUCGCCAGGUUCUACCAGAGUUUGAAGGAGGCUGGCAAGAAUUUGGAAAUAGUUCUUGUGUCACGAGAUCGUGAGGAUGAAGACUUAAAGGAAUACCUCGUAGAUCAUUGUGGUGGCUGGUUGGCUAUACCUUUUGGAGAUGAGAGAAUCCAGGAAUACUUGGCAAAAUAUGAGGUCCCGACGAUUCCUGCUCUCAAGGUGCUGAAGCCUGACGGCUCCAUACUUAUAGCUGACGCUCGGAAUCAAGUUCAGGAGAAGGGACGCGACGAUCCGGUGAAGCUUUUUGAGGAAUGGGAGAAGCAGUACAACGAGUGA